CCCAUUUUCCAGCUGUCCCUCAGUCGGUCGGGAUUUUGGAACCACGGGAGAAUCGCCGGAGAGGGCUUUGGUGAUCAAACAGCUCAUUUUGGGAGAAGAUAUCGCAUUGUAUGGUCGCUUAAAUACGCAACAAGCUACUUUAUCCAAUAUUCCACGAUGGAAACUGAACUAUGAGGUGUUGUGUAGUGCAGAAGACUGAGUGAACCAUGGCACAAUUCCCCACUACAUUCACAGGUCCAGAUGUGUUUCUGAUCUCAGUGGAUGAGAGAGCCAAACAUGAUCAGCAGUUUCACAGCCUCUCUCCGACUGCCGGGGGUUACAUCACAGGCGACCAAGCCAGGAACUUCUUCCUUCAGUCAGGGCUGCCUCCUCCCGUCCUGGCCCAAAUCUGGGCUCUGGCUGAUAUGAACAGUGAUGGUCGUAUGGACAUGCAAGAGUUCUCCAUCGCCAUGAAACUCAUCAAACUGAAACUCCAGGGUCACCCUCUGCCCCCAACGCUCCCCCCCAGUAUGAAACAACCCCCACUGCCUUUACCGCCACAGACCGGCUUUGGCAUGCCCCCGUUGGCUCCCAUCUCAGCCCCUCUUUCGGGCGUGCCUCCGCUGCCCCUGCCACCGCUCCCCGUCGGAGUGUCUCCACCGCUCGUCUCUUCUGCCCCGCCUCCCCUCCCCCAGCCCAUCGCCAACGGAGCUCCACCCACAGGCAUGAUGCAGCCCAUCUCAGGCUUCUCCCACCCAGCUGCCUCGGUCAACAAGUCCUCUUCAUUUAAUCGUUCCAGUACCAAGUUGCAAAAGGGCCCAUCUUUGGACACUUCAAGUGUUCAGCCGCCCGCUGAUUGGGCCGUUCCUCAGUCCUCCAGGCUAAAGUACAGGCAGCUUUUUAACUCCCAUGAUAAGAUGAUGAGUGGACACCUGACAGGUCCCCAGGCUCGUACCAUCCUGAUGCAGUCCAGUCUUCCUCAGAACCAGCUGGCCACAAUAUGGAGUCUCUCUGACAUCGACCAGGAUGGAAAGCUAACGGCUGAGGAGUUUAUUUUAGCCAUGCAUCUCAUAGAUAUGGCCAUGUCAGGGUUACCACUGCCCCCUGUGUUACCACCAGAAUACCUCCCACCCACUUUCAGGCGUGUGCGAAGUGACAGUGUUCAGUCAGACCAGAAGAGCGUUCAAGAGGAGAUAGAGGAGGAGAGUGAGAGCAGCAUGGAGAAGAAACUACCAGUGACGUUCGAGGACAAGAAGAGGGAGAACUUUGAGCGAGGAAACCUGGAGUUGGAGAAGAGACGUCAGGCUCUGCAGGAGCAGCAGAGGAAAGAGCAGGAGAGGCUGGCAGCGCUUGAGAGAGAGGAGCAGGAGAGGAAGGAGCGUGAGCGUCUGGAGCAGGAGAGGAGACGACAACAGGAACAAGAAAAACAACUGGAGAAACAGAGGGAGCUGGAGAGGCAGAGAGAAGAGGAGAGACGCAAAGAGAUAGAGAGGAGAGAGGCCGCGAAGCGCGAAUUGGAGCGUCAGCGUCAGCUGGAGUGGGAGCGUCAACGCCGCCAGGAGCUUCUGACUCAGAGAAACCGAGAGCAGGAGAGUAUAGUGCUGCUCAAGGCCAGGAAGAAGACCCUGGAGUUUGAACUGGAGGCACUGAAUGAUAAGAAGACCCAGUUGGAGGGCAAACUGAAGGAUGUCCGGUUUCGCCUGUCAGCUCAGCGGAGGGAGGUGGAGCAGACCAAUCAGACCAGAGAAACACGCAUUGCAGAAAUCACCCUGCUACAACAGCAGCUGCAGGACUCCCAGCAGUGGUUGGGGAGGCUAAUUCCCGAUAAACAGAAUCUCAACGACCAGCUGAAACAGGUUCAACAGAACAGCCUGCACCGUGAUAGUCUGUCGUCCCUGCAGAAGGCUGUGGAGCAGAAGGAGACCAGCAGACAGCAGCUCAGAGAACAGCUCGAUGCUGUGGAGAGAGAAACAAGGGCCAAACUGCUGGAAAUAGAUGCUUUCAACACCCAGCUGAAGUCUCUGUGUGAGUUCUAUGCCAACCACUGUGCCAGGAUAGAAGCCCUGCGACGCCAGCUUCAGGAGGAACAGAGAGGGAGACAGUGCCAGGAGCAGGGACAGCUACAGGAGUGUGUGUCAGCCGUCAGGGUGUGUCUGGCUCGGCUAGACUACGUUAUAAAGGAGCUUAGGGAGAUCCACAGCCGGCAGCAGAGACAGAAACAGAAGGAGCUGGAAGGAGACACACACACACUAACACACACACACACUCACAUGCACACCCCGGUCGAGAGAAAGUCUGCCGAGCUGCAGGAGAGAAGGUUGUCAUCGGAGGAGGGCGGGGCCUGGAAGGAUGAAGCCGGAGGCUCUGCCCCCAGAGCUUCUAGCCCCGCCUCCAUGCCUGCAUCCCACGCCUGGCUAAACAGAGUGGCCCAGGAAGAGGAGGGGAGGAAGAGGAGAGGGAUGGAGGAGGAGCAAGAUGCCCGGAAAGGAGCAGGAUCGGCAGAGGAGAAGGAGGAUGAGGGGAGAGCCAAGAAGGAUAUGCAAGAAAAACUGAACAAGCUGUUCAGCCAGCCGGCCGACCCCUGGGCUUCAGCAGUGGAGAAGGCUCCAGGGCCCAGUCUGUUUGACCAGAAGGCAUCAGGCGUUAGUGGCUUCGACCAACAGCAGCAGCAGCAGCCGGUGAAGGUGGUGUACUACAGGGCUGUAUAUCCGUUUGAUGCUCGCAGCCAUGAUGAGAUCAGUAUCGCUCCUGGAGAUGUAAUCAUGGUGGAUGAAUCCCAAACAGGUGAACCCGGUUGGCUGGGAGGAGAGCUCCGAGGACGUACUGGUUGGUUUCCAGCCAACUACGCUGAACGGAUACCCGACAGUGAAGCUCCGAUAAGCCUGCGGGCAGCCGCCUCGGCCACACCCACCUCAGCCCAGCAGCCAAUAACCACACCUCCCCCGGCACCUGGACACACCUCCUCCUCCACGUCCUCCAACAACAGCAACUGGGCCGACUUCAGCACCACGUGGCCCUCCAACACAGCCAGUCAGUCAGACAGCGAGGGAUGGGACGCAUGGCCGACCUCUUCAGCCAGUCAGAAUCCUUCGCUCAGCGUUCCCUCAGCACAGCUACGACAACGCUCAGCCUUCACUCCUGCUACCAUGACGACGGGAUCUUCUCCCUCUCCUGUGCUGGGACAGGGCGAGAAGGUCGAGGGCCUUCAGGCUCAGGCCUUGUAUCCCUGGAGGGCGAAGAAGGACAACCACCUCAACUUCAACAAAAAUGAGAUAAUAACAGUGUUGGAGCAGCAGGACAUGUGGUGGUUAGGUGAACUGCAGACUGGACAGAGAGGCUGGUUCCCCAAAAGUUACGUCAAGCUCAUCUCCGCCACAAUGAUGGCCCCGGCUUGUGCAGCAGCACGCAGCAAAAACACAAGUGAAUCUGGAGCAUCAGACAGCCCACCCAAUGGAAAACGUCCGUCCCCGUCCCCAACAAAACCCUCUGAGUCUGGAGAAGAGUACGUGGCCAUGUACACCUACGAGAGCAGUGAACAGGGCGACCUGAGUUUCCAGCAAGGAGAUAUCGUCAUGGUUACCAGGAAAGAAGGGGAUUGGUGGACAGGCAUGGUCGGGGGCAAGACUGGAGUCUUCCCUUCCAAUUAUGUGAAACCGCGAGACUCGAGCUCAGAGUCUCUGGGACCAGCAGGGAAGACGGGCAGCCUGGGAAAGAAGCCAGAGAUCGCUCAGGUGAUCGCCCCCUACAGUGCUACAGGUGCAGAGCAGCUGACUUUAGCUCCGGGUCAGCUCAUCCUCAUCAGAAAAAAGAACCCAGGGGGCUGGUGGGAGGGUGAGCUCCAGGCCCGGGGUAAAAAGCGCCAGAUUGGUUGGUUUCCGGCCAAUUAUGUGAAGCUGCUCAGUCCCAGCACCAACAAGACGACGCCCACAGAGCCCACGCCACCUAAACUGGCUCCUGUCAACACAGCCGUGUGUCAGGUGAUCGGCAUGUACGACUACGUGGCCCAGAACGACGACGAGCUGGCCUUCCUGAAGGGUCAGGUGAUCACGGUGCUCAACAAGGACGACUGUGAUUGGUGGAAAGGAGAGCUCAAUGGGAGGGAGGGUCUGUUUCCCAGCAACUACGUCAAACUCACCACAGAUACUGACCCGAGCACGCAGUGGUGCGCCGACCUCCACCUGCUGGACAUGUUGAGUCCCAUGGAGAGGAAGAGGCAGGGCUACAUCCACGAGCUGAUCGUCACUGAGGAGAACUACGUCAACGACCUGCAGCUCGUCACAGAGAUCUUCCACAAGCCUCUGCUGGAGUGCGAGCUGCUGACGGAGAAGGAAGUGGCCAUGAUCUUCGUCAACUGGAAGGAGCUCAUCAUGUGCAACAUCAAGCUGCUCAAGGCUCUGAGAGUCAGGAAGAAGAUGUCAGGUGAUCGCAUGCCGGUGAAGAUGAUUGGUGACAUCCUGACCAACCAGCUGCCUCACAUGCAGCCGUACAUCAGAUUCUGUUCGUGUCAGCUGAACGGAGCCACGCUGAUUCAGCAGAAAACUGACGACAACCCAGAGAUCAAAGACUUCCUGAAGAGGUUAGCCAUGGAUCCCAGGUGUAAGGGGAUGCCUCUGUCCAGCUUCCUGCUCAAACCCAUGCAGAGGGUCACACGCUACCCGCUCAUCAUCAAGAAUAUCUUAGAAAACACUCCAGAGUCGCAUCCAGACCACAGCCACCUGAAAGCUGCCCUGGAGAAAGCAGAGGAGUUGUGCUCGCAGGUGAAUGAGGGCGUCAGGGAGAAGGAGAACUCUGAUCGUCUGGAGUGGAUUCAGGCUCAUGUGCAGUGUGAAGGCCUGUCUGAGCAACUGGUGUUUAACUCCGUCACCAACUGCCUGGGUCCCAGGAAGUUCCUCCACAGCGGGAAGUUGUUCAAAGCCAAGAGCAGCAAGGAGCUCUACGGCUUCCUGUUCAACGACUUCCUGCUGCUGACGCAGGUGACCAAGCCUCUGGGCUCGUCGGGCUCAGACAAAGUCUUCUCCUCGAAAACACACCUGCAGUACCGCAUGUACAAGACGCCAAUCUUCCUAAAUGAAGUGUUAGUGAAGCUGCCCACAGACCCGUCAGGAGAUGAACCUCUGUUCCACAUCUCGCACAUAGACAGAGUUUACACACUCAGAGCUGAGAGCAUCAACGAGAGGACGGCGUGGGUUCAGAAAAUCAAGGCAGCUUCAGAGCUCUUCAUUGAGACGGAGAAGAAGAAGAGAGAGAAGGCGUAUCUGGUGCGUUCUCAGAGGGCCACAGGUAUCGGCAGACUGAUGGUCAACAUCGUGGAGGGAAUUGAGCUCAAACCCUGUCGCUCCCAUGGUAAAAGUAACCCAUACUGUGAGGUAACCAUGGGUUCACAGUGCCAUAUCACAAAAACAUUACAGGACACGUUGAAUCCGAAGUGGAACUCAAAUUGUCAGUUUUUUAUCAAGGACCUGGAACAGGACGUUCUCUGUGUCACUGUGUUUGAACGAGACCAGUUCUCACCUGACGACUUUCUGGGCAGGACGGAGAUCCGGUUGGCGGAAAUAAAGAAGGACCAGGGCUCUAAAGGACCAAUCACGAAGCGCUUGCUGCUCCACGAGGUUCCCACGGGAGAGAUUGUCGUCAGGCUGGACCUCCAGCUGUUUGAAGAACCGUAAGACCCAGACAGGAGACUGGUCUGGAUUGGACCAUAAGAGAUAUGAUUUGGACCCGACAUCAGGGCUGAAGACUUGGCUGGUCUGGAUUCUCUCAGUUGGUUCUGGUUCAGUUUCUUCUUGUUUAUAUUGAAGGAGGGCGGAGCACGUCCAGCCGAGGGAAGAAAGUAGCUUACAAAAUCUGCUUGUCAAGAGAAGAAAACACUGAAUAUUUAGAUAAUUAGGAGUAGAAAACACCACCCAGGGCCCCUGGUGGUCCCCAAAAGCCCCAGAUUCACUGUGUGUCAGUUGCUUUAAGCAGUCUGACUAAUUUACAGCACUAUUAUACAGUAUACACCAGGUUCUGUGUUGUCACAUUAUUUAAUGUAUUAAUAUUAUUAACACAUUAAACAAACGUUUAGAGUAGUAAUACAGUAUUAGAGUAUUAAUACAUUAUGUGCCAGUCAGUCACACAGCAGGGGGCGGUGUGAUGAGUUGUUCCAAACAUGUCAGCACAAAGCAUUACUAUUACUAUUAUUACUCAGCUUCAGACGAGUUUAAAAGAUCUGCUGAACUCCUCAGUCUCUUCCAGGUCAAAAAAGCCUUUUUAAAGACUCCUUUCAACAAGCUGUUCCUAUAGCUAACAGGUUCGCUGGCUCAGCAUGAGGGAUGAUGUACUACCAACUGUUUCUGUUCCAGGCCAGUCCAGUCUGCUCCUGUCCUCCUUCAGUCAGGUCCAGUUUGGUAUUCAGUCCAGUCUGGUUGAGCCCAGUCCUCCUGGAGAUCAUCUGGGUCUUUACUGUUUUUCCUCUAUCUCUGCUUCAUCUGACAGACAGACAAUCCCAGCCCUCCUUCUUAGUCCCAACAAAUCCAAACCCCUGUGUGUGUGUGUGUGUGUGUGUGUGUGUGUGUGUGUGUGUGUGCGUGCGAUCGAGACAGAAUGAAUGAAUGGCUGUAUGAGUGUCAAGGUGGACAGGCUAAUUAAAGGUACGGUUCGGUGUACAUUUCCUUCUGUUUUUUUACGUCAGGUCUUACAGCUCUUGAGGCUUUCGGUGUUGGGGUACUGCAUAUGAAGGGGUCCUGCCAUUUUGAAUUUAUGCUCUGUUUCGACCUGCACUGAACACUUGCCAUGUUUUCUCAGAAAGUGCUAAAUAUGUACAGGUUUAAUGAGAAAUGCUAACGAUGCUAAUAAGCUGAAAAUGUAGAAAGAUUUUACUCCAAUAUAUGACAAGUGUCCAGUGUAAAUAAAUUACAGACAAGCCAAGAGGUCCCUUUUACACGUGUCAGUUAUAAUAAUACUGAUAUUAAUAUGGCUGAAACAUGGUGUGAGGUGUGACAGAUAAUUUAAAUUGAGGUACUAUGAAGAAGAAUGUCUUAAUUUUUUUUUUUUAAUGUCAGUUUAUGUCACACAUCUAACCUCUGUUGGUAAUGUUGCUGCUGUGUGGAGCUGUUAACAGUGGCCAACACUGUGCAGGGGAGGAAAACCCUCAAACUAUCAGGGGGCCCCAGGGCUGGAGAGGGGCCCCUCGAACAUGCUAAAGGCAUGUAUUUUAUAGCAAACAGCCUUUUACAUAAUUUCCACGCUCUAACCUUGACUAAGCUCGGUGUAGACAUACUUUAGAUUUACUGUGCAUCAGCACUCCCAGCACUUUCAAAACACACACUGUUGCUGAUUUUAGCGCAGGGCAGGACACGACUCGGCACAGUGGACAUUCAAAGUAGGGAACUAGAGAAAACAAACAUUUAAAGUAUAUGACUGGUAUUAUGCUUUACUUUUUGAUGAUCAAUGAAUCCCAUGAAAGGCCAAAAGCGAUGACGUGUUGGUCCGUCUCUCAAUAAGCUCCAACUUCUCUGCGUGACACUGAGCCCAUUGGUUCCUACUGUCUGCAAAGAUGCCUCACAAAAUGCCACAUGGUUUCACUACUUUGUACUUAAGUACCAGUUAAGUACCAUUAAAGUCUCUUCAUCUUCUACGGUACAGAGGAAUAAGAUGCGCCGGGCUUUAAGUGCACAGAAACUACUAUCAAAAGGAUCUUUUUGUGGGAUUGAUUGCCAAGAAGAAAAUAUCAAGUAUUGUCAGUCCUAUCCUUUUAAAGCUAGUUUUUGCUUCAGUACAUAAAACUUCAGAUGGACAUCACAGUUGUCAUAUUGUCUAGCAUGUUUGAGAACUGAUCAGCUGUAAUGACUUAAAGUUAGCAAGGAAACCGGCUAGCUUAUUAGCUGUAGCCUGCUAUAGGCUGUGGCAAGUUACUAUAGGUCCAGAUAUUUCAGUUUAAAUAUGUAAGCUAAUUCCCCCUUCAGUUUUUGAGGUCCUGUAGUUUCUUAUUUGUUUAUAAAGGGGACUGUUCAAAAAAUAAAUGUUUGUGUAGCUUUCAUAGCUGCCGCGUUCUUCUGGUGCCUUCACAUGGGAUCGUGUUAGCCUGUUCAUGAGAAGGUGCCAAAUGAUAGCUGGCUUGUUUUCAGUUUGUUGUCACCGUUUUAAUUUUGAAGCAUAUCAUUUACUCGAUUUCCUCACACUCAGGAAAUGUGAACGCAGCAUCAAUCUUCUUUCCCAACGUGAGUAUUCAAAAUGGCCGCUGCGUUAGCCAAUUGGAUGGAUAACGUUGUCCGUUUGUUUGCUCAGCAAAGCUGUAGAUAUGUUAGUUAGCUAAAAUCUGGUUAGUCAUUUUCAUUGAAAGCCACGGUUACUGAAUUGCCACUGAGACAACCAAUAGUUACCUUAGUGACCAGCCACUGUCCAAUCAGGUGUGAACGAGACUCAGCCAACCGCAGCAGCUUGACUGGAGGAAGGUGUGAGCCAGCGUUAGUGUUUGAAGCUGAGAGGGAUGAUGAUGCUAAUGAUAAUGAAUGAUGAUGAAUUUGUCUCCCCAGGUCCCACCUCCUCCUCCCUCUCCACACUGUACUGAAACUAACCUAAUCCAGUUUGAACCCGUGCUUACUGUCCACCUUCCAGGUUAUGUAUAAUACUGCUGUUAUCUGAGAGUUAAUAUAUGAGCGCCAUGGGGGCGACAGAGACAGCCUGCUGUUAAUUAUCACUGUAGAAGACGAUGUACGUUGUUGUCUUUCAAUGUUCAGAAUAAACUUCAGUUGGACCAAGACUGCAGCCGUCUGU